AUGGAAGAUGUGAAGCUUUUCAGAACAUGGUCAAGUCCGUAUGCACUCAUGAUUGUUUGGGCAUUAAAACUUAAAGGGGUAGAGUAUGAGACUAUCUAUGAAGAUCUUGCAAACAAGAGUUCUUUACUACUUGAAUACAACCCUGUUCACAAGAAAGUGCCGGUGCUGUUGCACAAUGGAAGACCCAUAUGUGAAUCACUAGUUAUUCUUGAGUACAUAGAUGAGACAUGGAACACAGGUACUCGUUUUUUACCUGAAGGUCCACUUGCCAGAGCCACCACACGUUUCUGGUCAAAGUUCAACGCUGAGCAGGUAGCACCAUCGGUAUUUCGUGCUUAUGUCAGUGAAGGGGUAGAACAAGAAGAAGCGAAGGGUCCUGCCUUACAGAACCUAGACAUUGUUGAAAAACAACUAAUUGGAAAGAAAUUCUUCGGUGGAGAAACAUUUGGAUUCUUAGAUCUUGUGUUUGGAUGGAUUGCCCAUUAUCUAGAAGUAUUUGAAAAGGCCGGUGGCAUAGAACUCCUAGAUAAACAGAGGUUUCCACUUAUAUCAGCAUGGAAGGAUAACUUUUCUGAUAUCCUGGUUAUUAAAGAAAACUGGCCAGAUCGAGAGAAACUGAUUACCAAGUUCCAACUUAUGCGUGAAUAUUUCAUUUCUACUGCUGCUGCUAAAUGA